AGCCCUAGUUUUGAUUUCAUGUUGAAUUCAUAUUCAUAUAUUUGCAUUGUGUUUUUCCUCAGAGAUCAUCUCUUCUGCAAGCUCACGUUACGUCACAUCAACCGUGUGCCGCAGCAUGUUCUGCGUCACGUCAGCGGCAGACGCUACAGGAGGGCUCUGGAGCAGUACGAGGAGUGUGUCCGGCAGGGUGUGGAGUUCGUUCCUGUGCAGCUCAAGAAGAAGAGGAGACCCAAAGAGGCUGCAGGAAGUGAGGGUCGGGCCGCAGGAAGUGAACGACGAGCCAGCAGGAAGCAGGACAGCGGCGUCUGGACCCCGAACUCGAGCGACGGCGAGGACAGCGACUCCUCGGACAGCAUGUCCGAUCUUUACCCGCCGUCUGUGUUCACCGUGAAGAAGACGGACGAUGAGCAGAACGCCAGUGAUGCUGAGGAAGAUGUGUCUGAAAUGGAAGUAGAAAACCAGAUGCAGAAACGCAAAAAGGUUCAGUCUGCUGGCUUUACUAAGAAGAUUAAGAAGAGCAAGAAGAAGAAGGGUUUUAAACAUGUUGGCAAAGUCAAUGGAAAAUAAUAAAGUUUGUAACGCAUUGAAA